UUCUACUGUUCCUAGAAAAAUCGUGUUGUUCGGUGUUGGUGUUAGGUCUAGAAAACUUUCAUACAGUCAUCCUUUAAAGUCGUCCACAUGCCAUGCCAAGCGUACACCUUUCAGAUUUCAACGUCAAUUUCCACAAAGAGCAGCUCUUCUUCGAAAAGGCAACCACAGCAAUCGAGAUAAACUACCUGUACAUACUAGACCAGGGAUAUGUGGCGAAGUGAUAAUUCAUGUUGAACGGCUCUCUUAACUACCAGAACAAAAACACCUCAAUCAUUCGAUCAAGACAAAUUAGCCUUAUAAAGAUGAAAGGAUCAGUACAGAUAACAUUAUCUGCUAUCAUGAUAAUUUUACUUGUAGUAGUAGAUAGAUCAGAGGGGGAUCCCAGAUCGCAAGUCCUUAACUUAACAUGUUCUCAACAGCGUGCAACCUCUGCAAACUUCAUUCCAAACUUUGUGCGCGUGAUGGAGGAAAUCAGCACCCGAAUCCAAACAUCACACAGAGCAACAGCAGUUAUGGGCACAGGACCUGAUCUUAUCUACGCACUUGCUGAAUGCUAUGGUGAUCUUUCAGCAGAUGACUGUAUGAUAUGUUAUGCUGCAGCACGUACAGCUAUUCCUGUUUGCUUGCCUGGUGUUGGCAGCCAAGUGUUUCUUGAUGGUUGCUUCAUACGAACACAAAACUACAACUUCUUUGAGGAGAAUGCAGGAUCAAAUGACAUAGUAAUUUGUGGGAAUACAACAAGGUAUGGUGUAUCUUUGGAUUCAGCUAUACACUCCAUCUCAGAUGCUGCAAGGGAUGCACCAAGAAACAGGGACUACUUUGCAAGAAAGGUGGUGGGGACAGCAAAUGAGUCUACCUAUGUGUUGGCGGAUUGUUGGGGGACUUUGAAUGAGAGUUGUUGUAAAGAAUGUUUGGAGAGAGCAUCUUCUUCUAUCUUGCAAUGCUUGCCUUGGUCUGAGGGACGUGCAUUACAUACUGGAUGUUUUAUGAGGUAUUCUAAUAUCGAUUUUCUUAAUGCUGACUCAACUCGGGGUAAUAAUGGAGGAAAUGCCAAAAGCCAGCUCAUUCAAAGGAAUUGUGAACAUCAGCAAUUGAACACCAGAACCGAUUUCAGUCUGAAUUUUGGGCAGGCAAUGGCUGACAUCAGCACCAAAAUGGAAACUUCACAUUUUGGGACAGCAGUUAAAGGGACAAAAGCUGAUAAGGUGUAUGGACUUGCUCAGUGUUAUGGUGGUGUUUCUACCCGUGAAUGCAACUUAUGCUCUGCUGAAGCACUUACUACUCUUCCUGGUUGUUUGCCUAGUACAGGUGGUCGGGUUUAUCUCACUGGUUGCUUUAUGAGGUAUGAGAAUUAUAGCUUUUUCGGGGAGCAUAUAGGGGAAGAAGACAGAGUUAUAUGUGUGAAUAAAACAAGGAGAAACAAUGCCUUUGAACAAUCAGCCUCAAAGGCUGUGUUUCAAACAGUGGAAACAGCACCUAAAAGUAAAGAGUACCAUGCUGGAAAACAGGCUCUUAUUUCUGGAACAGCUAAUAAAUCAGUGUAUGCAAUGGCUGAUUGCUGGCGUACAUUAGAUACAGAUUCUUGUACGUAUUGUUUGCAAAAAGCAGCUAGGUCCAUGUUAGGCUGCUUGCCUGAGUCGGAGGGGUAUGCAUUGUAUGCUGGUUGCUUCAUGAAGUAUUCUGACUCCAAUUUCUUAUAUCCUGAUCAUCACAACACACUAUCUAAAGGGAAAACAAUAGCUAUUGUAAUGGCUGUUACUUCUGCUCUAGUAUUCUUAAUUGCGAGUAUUAUUGCUUUUUAUGCAUGGAAGCGCAGAAAUAAAUCAAAAAGAAGACGACAAGGUUCUGAUGACACUCAAUUGUUGAUGAUGGUGAACAAUAGUAGCUUGAACUUCAAAUACUCCACCAUCGAGAAAGCCACGGGUUGUUUUGAUGAGGCGAACAAGCUUGGACAAGGGGGAUUUGGAGCAGUAUACAAGGGAAUCCUUCCAGAUGGAAGAGAGAUUGCUGCCAAGAGACUUUUCAUCAAUCACCGACAUAGAGCAGGGGACUUUUAUCAUGAAGUCAACAUCAUUAGUAGUGUUGACCACAAAAAUCUGGUCAAACUGAUAGGAUUCAGCUGUUUGGGGCCUGAAAGUAUUCUCAUUUAUGAAUAUCUACCCAACAAGAGUCUCGAUCAUUUCAUCUUCGAUGCAGUUAGAGGUAAGGAACUAAACUGGGCGAAAAGAAUUGAUAUUAUUGUGGGAAUAGCAGAGGGUUUAGCCUACCUUCAUGAAAACAGUAAAACCAGAAUCAUUCACAGGGAUAUAAAAGCUGCUAAUAUCUUGUUGGAUUCAAGACUUGGUGCUAAGAUUGCUGAUUUUGGAUUAGCCAGGUCCUUUCAAGAAGAUAAAAAUCAUAUCAGCACUGGGAUUGCAGGAACACUUGGAUAUAUGGCUCCAGAGUACAUACUGAAUGGUAAAUUAACAGAAAAGGUGGAUGUGUACAGCUUUGGUGUGGUUUUGCUUGAGGUUGUUACUGGAAUCCCAAACAGAAGAAUACAGACAUCAGAGGACACUCACAGCUUGCUUUGGAUUGCAUGGAGGAAUUUUCAGCAAGGAACAUUGGAGGAGCUUUUUGAUCCAAACUUACUGUUGAAGGAUGACACCAGUAGCAACAUGAAGAAGGAAAUAAAAAGUGUGAUACACAUAGGGCUUCUUUGCAUACAACAAGUUCCAUCACUUAGACCAACCAUGUCUAUGGCUCUACAAAUGUUAUCUAAAAAUAUUGUGCCCUUACCUUCACCUUCUAACCCCCCUUGUAUACCUCAAAGUGACACAGAAACAAAUGAGUUUGCUCAAAUCACUGCUUUUAGGCAUAGAUUAAACAAUCCUGCUUCACUUCCUACUGUUACACAUACUUCUUUUAGUCCAAGGUAGAUAUAUAUAUAUAUAUAUAUAUAUAUAUAUAUAUAUAUAUAUAUAUAUAUAUAUAUAUAUAUAUAUAUAUAUAUAUAUAUAUAUGUUUGAGCAAAUUUUAGAGAAAGAAUCAUCACUUUUGUAAUGAUGAGCAACUUCGUGUAGAUUGUAUAAAUAUUAAUAUCCUAACUUCAUCGUUUUGCCAUUUCUGGAAAAGAGAGAAUAUGAUUGGAAGUAGACAUGUUCUAGCUCAAUCACAUGUUCUUAUUUUUUUGUAACAAGUUGCGGGCUGUUUAUAAUCUAUAAAUGAAACCAUCAGGAAUAGGUCGGCAUUUGGCGCGUUUGAUACAUCAUGUGAACGGUUAAGGAAUGAACCAUUAAGAGGUUGGAUCAUUUAAGAAGUUGAAUCAUUUAUUACUAAAUUGU